AAACACAGCAAAAAAUGCAGACAGUUACAAAGAUAGUUCAUGACAGGGUUACAUCGAGCAAUCCACAGACAAUGUUCAUCCAUUGUGGGGGAGCAGUGAGUACAAUUGCCCAAAACAAAGAUGCAUCACAGGUGGUCGUUGGUGGAAGAAAUGUAUUCAAAAUCUACAGCGUUGAUGAUGAUUGUUUUGAACAAAAAUAUGAUCUUCGUGUUGGAAAACAUGUGAACCUAAAUUACUGUGCCUCUGAUGUAGCAUGGAAUCAUACAGAUGAUCAUAUACUAGCUACAGGUGCAACUAAUGGAGCUGUAGUGAUUUGGGAUUUGAACAGAAUGUCUCGUAAUAAACAAGAGCAUAUAUUUCAAGAGCAUAAACGGACUGUGAACAGAGUGUGUUUUCAUGAGAAUGAGCAUAAAUUACUACUGAGUGCCUCGCAAGAUGGUUCCAUGAAACUCUUUGAUUUAAGGAAAAAGGAGGUCAGCCUGAGUUUCUCCAUGGGUAGUACAAGUGUGAGAGAUAUCAUGUUCAGCCCUUGUAAUCUUAAUUAUUUUGGGUUUGCGUCUGCUGAUGAAAGUGGCAGUCUUAUGAUCUGGGACAUGAGAAGGCCUGAUCGAUGCGAGAAGCAGUUUCCCGCUCACAGCGGUCCUGUGUUCAGUGUCAACUGGCACCCGGAAGAUAAAAACUGGUUUGCAACAGCUGGUCGGGAUAAAAUGAUCAAGGUAUGGGACUUGAGCAAACAGAAAUGUUUAUAUACCAUCUAUAGUAUAGCCUCAGUCGCUAGAAUCAAAUGGCGUCCACAGAGGAAGUUUCAUAUAGCCUCAUGCUCACUUCUAGUCGAUUGCAGUAUCAACAUCUGGGACAUUCGGAGACCCUACGUCCCCUUUGCUACAUUCGAUAAUCAUAAAGACGUUACAACAAGUAUGGUGUUUAAGAAUAAAGACCCUCAUGUUAUGCUGAGUGGGAGUAAGGAUAAUUAUCUAUAUCAACACGUGUUCAGGGACGCCAAGAGGCCGGGGGAGGAGCUAGUUCCUGCAGGGUUAGAUUUGAGUGUGUAUGGUACAGUCGGACAUGCUAAUAGUGAUAAACAAGGUAAAUUGAGCUUGAUUUCUGAAGGAGGUGGGAUAAUGUCUGGCCUACUGAACAAGAAGAGCACGGAACGGAACGACCAUUUUGUUGAUGUUGCGGCCUUCAUGCAGGUGUUCUCAGACACCGGACAGGUAGUUCCUAUAGAGGAAUUAUCAUGGAUGGUAGAGUCGGCGAGGAAUUACAAGCUUACAGGACUUCCAGUUGAAGACUUGUGUAAACACAAUUCUAAAGUUGCUCAAUCCCUGCAUAGAGGACAGGUUGCUCAGGCCUGGUUGUUGGUGCUCACAUUAUAUUGUACUCCUAUCGUGGAAAACAAGAAUCUCCAUAUGAACCGAACAUCAUCAGUGAUGUCAUCAGGACUUACAGAGAAGAUUGAUAUAGAUAAAAGCAAGCAAACAAAAGAGCCAGACACAGAUGUUGAUGAGAAAAAUCUGGAUGGCACUUCAGGUAACUCUGAUGAAGAGAUUGAUGAUAAGGAAAUGUUUGAUUCUAAGUUAUCAAAUAUUGCCAGAGGACAGAUAAACACAGACUGGGAUAUCUUCUUUGGUGACGGUGAACCUGGCAGUUUUGAUAUAGCAGAAAUUAAUGACUUUAGUGACACCAAACAGGAGUGGAUCCUACCUUCUGAAGCAUUUCAUCCGAGGCAUGAAAUUCAAAUCGUGGAAGACUAUUCCACUUGA